AUGAGGUUUACUCCUGCUGCUACGACUGCCUUUGCGGCCUUGACUUCUCUCUGCGCUGCCUUGCCUACUUCAGCUGGCGGUAGUGGACUGGUUACCGCCGCGGUCGACCUGGGUCCCCGUGCGGGCAACGACAUCGCCGACAGCGCGGCUGGGCUCGCCAACAGCAUCCAGGGCGGCAACGGUGGCGACAUCGCGGACAGUGCGUUGGGACUUGCUUCUAGCAUCGUUGGAAGUAUCUUCAAUAAGAAGGAAAAUUAA